CCUGUCCCGUGUGCAUCAUCCUGCACUGGGAAAUAGACCGUUCUAAGCAGUGUUUAAUGCAGCGGAAGGGAGAGCCUAGUCUAGACUGAGAUUGUAUACGGUUGAGUUUCUCCGAAGUCAGUCUCGAUAACCGGGUUUGGAUAUAAAUGCGGCACCAGCUCCUCAUUGGAAUGAUAGAGAAACACCAAGGCAAAUUGAGGAACAGUGUGUUUUGCCCGACAUGCGACGCAACCUUGCCAUCUUUCGCUUUAUCGCCUCCGUGCUGGCCGUUCCCGCGGACACCAACCAACAGUCCCUCGAUACUCCAGUCCACGCCGCAAUUACUUUCGACAACAUCCCUGAAGCUGGGGCUACUUGUGGUACUCAGUUGACCUUCAGUAAGGUCCACUUAGAAGCCGUUUUACAAAGGUCUUAUGAGUGUUCCAGGCCCGGCACCACCUGCAUGGGCAAUAAUGGGCAAGCCUAUCCGCGUGGAUGGUUCAACGAUGGGGGCCAGGGGGGUCCCAAAUGGAAGUGUGGGGGGGAUGUCGCCGCCGCCGAUGUCAGUGAAUUCCCACUCCCGACACCGCUCCCUACAUCGCCCUCGAGAAUAUUCCCCAACGACACCAACAAUCCGGGGCUAUAUAGACUGUUCUACAGCCUCACGAAGGGGUUCAAUCCCACCUCCGCCACAAUGGUGUAUUGUGGGGUUGCUGUCCAUGCUGCGCCUUACAACACAUGCGACAGGUCAACAGCAACUGCAGCCACUGAGACACCCACUGCCGUCGGUGAGCUCUAG